AUGGCCGACAUACACCCAUUGAAACGCAACUUGUUCCUUGGACAUUUGGGUUACAUUGCAGACGAAUACAAGAAAGCCGGAAGCUCUGCUGUACAUCCAGAUUAUAUUCUCGAGAACAUCUGGAAGGCCCAUGGAUCGCCAGACUACAUGUUCUUCGACACUCGACCAGCACAAUGGCCAUUGGUUUUGAUUACAUCUCAUGCAUUUGCCGAGCAGAUUUCGAAAGCUACAAAAGAUCAACCAUACAGCACGACCAAAUCUCCAACCAUCCAAGCGGGCCUCGGGCGUCUAGUAGGUCGGUAUUCAAUGCUCAGCGAAGAAGCAGAGUCAUGGAAGAGCCUUCGCAGACGAUUCAACCCAGCUUUCGCACCUCAGCAUCUCAUGACACUGCUUCCCGUCGUUCUCGACAAGACGUACACUUUCAUGGAGAAGCUAGACGCCCUGGCUAAAUCCGGAAAGCCCACCGAGUUGGAGCCGUACUGCACGAACGUGACCUUUGACAUCAUCGGGCAGAUCGUCACGGAUAUCGACUGCAAGGCUCAGGAUGAAUCAAUCCAGGGCGACGAAAUCGUCAAGAACUUUCGCCUUUUGGGCGCGACCUGGUCAGAAGACACCGGCUUAGCCAUGUUCAAGUGGCUCAACGCCAGCAAGCACUUCAAGAGAUAUCUCUACAGCACGCGCCUAGACGUCGCCAUCAAGAAAUGCAUCCAAGCGAAAUUCGACGCCAUGCAAGCCGACAAGAGCCAUUCCAAAGACCGCUCCGUGCUCGCGCUCUCGCUCAAAGACACCGAAACACUAACGCCCUUCAUCAUGCAAAACAUCGCCGACCAAGUAAAAACCUUCCUCUUCGCAGGUCACGACACAACCUCCAUCCUCCUCCAACGCCUCUUCUACACCCUCUCCAUCCACCCCUCCUGCCUCGCCAAAAUCCGCGCCGAACACGACUCCAUCUUCGGCGACUCUGACCCGCGCGAUGUCUUCCAAGCCCGCCCGGACGACACGAUGAAAGCCCUCGUCUACACGUCCGCUUGCAUCAAGGAAGCCCUGCGCCUCUGGCCGCCCGCCGGGUCGGCGCGCAUGUCGCACAACGGACUCAAGCUGCGCACCUCGGAUGGCGAGGAAGUGUGUCUGGACGACUGCGUGCUGUACAUGUGCCAGCACUUGAUCCAGCGUGAUCGCAAGGUCUACGGCGACACGGCGGACGACUUCGUGCCUGAGCGCUGGGUCGAUGACAUUGAUACUAGCAGCGCGAGUGUCGAUGCAGACGGCUCGGCAACGGGAUCAAGCAAGAUCCCGAUCAGUGCGUGGAGGCCUUUCGAACGCGGGCCACGAAACUGCAUUGGUCAGGAACUGGCGAAUAUCGAGGUUAGGGUUAUUCUGGCGUGUACGCUGCGGCGGUAUGAUUUUGUCAAGGUGGGGAGAGGAGAGAUUGAGAGGGACGAGAAGGAUAGGCCGAUUGUGGAUGAGAAGGGGAAGUAUAGGACCAAGUCGGAGUUGAUCAGCGUAAGUUUUGUGACUGUUGAAGGGUUUGCACAUGGGCUAAUUUGUGGUAGACGAUGGCGAUUACGUCGAAGCCGAUUGAUAAGACGGUCAUGCGGGUUGAGUUUGCCAAAGCUGUUUGAUUGA